AUGCUGCCACAGAUUCCGCCGUAUAUACGCACAACCGCAAUGUUCUUCUGCAUAGUCAUCAUGGUUCUGGGGGUCGUCGGCAAUGUUAUGGUGCCCAUUGUCAUUGUGAAGACGAAGGAUAUGCGCAACUCCACAAACAUUUUCCUGACCAAUCUCAGCAUUGCCGAUUUGCUGGUCCUGCUCGUCUGCACGCCCACCGUGCUCGUCGAGGUUAACACGCGCCCGGAGACCUGGGUACUGGGCCAUGAGAUGUGCAAGGCUGUGCCCUUCGUUGAGCUGACUGUCGCGCAUGCCAGCGUCCUGACCAUCCUGGCCAUCUCAUUCGAGCGCUACUAUGCCAUCUGUGAGCCAUUAAAAGCCGGCUAUGUGUGCACCAAGGCGCGUGCUAUUCUCAUCUGCGUCCUGGCCUGGGGCAUUGCGGCGCUCUUUACGAGCCCCAUCAUUGCCAUUGCUAGCUACACCAUAGAGCCGUACGGCGAUGGAACGGACGCUCCCAUUUGCAUUACGGCAGCAGAUGGCUUCUGGGCCACAUUCUAUUUUGUGGCCAGCAUAACGCUGUUCUUCUUCCUGCCCUUCGGCAUCCUUGUGCUACUCUAUGCUGCCAUUGCCUACAAGCUGCUGCGCCCCAAUAAUGCCUUUCAUCGGCCCACCUCACCGCAGCCUCAGCCAGCGGCAUCCAGUGUGGGACCCCCGAAGGGCAGCAGCCACCAGCAGAGCAACGGAAUGAGAAAGCAUCGCAAGCAGGUGAUCUUCAUGCUGGUGGCGGUCGUCUCCAGUUUCUUUGUCUGUCUGCUGCCCUUUCGGGCCUUCACGCUGUGGGUGAUUACAGCGAAUGCGGAGGAUGUGCAGCAUUUGGGCAUUGCCGGUUACUAUAAUCUCCUCUAUUUUUCACGCUUCAUGCUUUAUCUCAACUCGGCCAUGAAUCCCAUUCUCUACAAUUUGAUGUCAUCGAAGUUCCGCAGUGGCUUCUGGCGCCUGCUGCUCACAUGCUGCGGUCAACGGCCACACCAUCAGCGGCACCUGCAUGGGGCACAGAGCAUGCGGAACACCACAAGACGACCUACGAAUGAGGCGGAUGCUGGCACAGCUUUGGCCGGCACUGGAAGAGCUGCAGCCCAACAGGCACGUCGCACACUGCGUCGUGAGGCAACCUUUCUAAUCAAUUCCAUAUCGACAUCCUCCGGCACGGAACGCACCUCCUCCACAUGGCGCAGCAACAGUCUCUCCACUUCGCUGGGUCUACGCUUCUCCAUUGAGGAGCGUAGAGGCAACUGCGGCAACGGUAACCACUGCCUGCCUAUCGGGGCAGAGACGUUCCAGUAA